UCUCAUAUAUGUUCGACCACGCACGCUCCACAACCACUUCGAGUCCGUGACACGCGGUCCAAGGCCAACGAUUGACGGUCAAGAUCGGAGAGAGAAGAAAGCCGGAGUACGACAGGGUGACGGAAGUGACGGCCAGUCGCUAGAAGAGUCAUCGCGCGAUUUUCGUGGUGGAUAACAGUGCGUCUCGAUCGGUGAAAAUCAAUUUCAUAUUCGAAAAUAACAAUGAAGAUAAUUACGUCGGUUUUCUUCGUUCUUGGACUCGCUCUGUACGUCCGUUGCGAGGCGACGGGAAAGAGCAAUCGAGAAGAAGAAGACAUUAGCAUUUUGGAGUGUAUGUUCGAGGACAAUGUUGGAAGUUGCUUCAGGACGAGAUUGGCCCGCGACUUGGACCGGAUCGAGUUGGAUGUCACCGGAAAACAGAGCGAUCCACCGAUAAGCGUGGUGGUCGAACGAGCUGGCAGUGUCAUCGCGGACUUUGUCGAUGAUCUGCAGGAGGCCGAUGCGGAAGAAAUUAUCGAGGAAAAUGAGGCUCAAAAUGACAACGCAGAAGAGGCGCGCAAAAAGAAAUUCGGCAAGAAGCAAAAAAAGCAUCUGGCGAAACUCUUGGGGCUGGCGAUGCUGAUCAAAUCGAAGAUCAGCCUGCUGCUGCAGCUCAUCAGCACGCACUUCCAGCUCAAGUUCUUCGUCAUCGCCGUCAUCUCAUUGAUACUGAACGCCGUUAGAUUUUGGAUAGAAGUCAAGAAGAGCCAUCCUGCCAAAGUCAUCUACUACGAACACGCGCAGCAUCAGCACCAUUACGAUCACGACGAUCACGAUCAUUAUUGGGGAAGAUCAUCGAACGAGACACCUCACGAGCUCGCUUAUCGCGCUUACGUGCCCACGGAAUGACAUCGACAUUGCACGCAUCUGGCACCGAAGAGACAAUGAUUUUGCGCAGGGAAAAAUCGAAGAAGUUUCGAGCAACGACGCAAAUCUCAUAGUAAAAUAAUUAUAGUCAUCGUCCUUUAU